UGCUAAAAGCAAAGGAACAUUUUUUAUGCCUGCAACCAAUGGUAUUUGCUGUAAAGUUUUAGGAGAGACCACUGUUUAACAAAAAAAUGGUUGAUUCAGCGUAUGAGCUCUCAGCUAGGCAAAUAGGUCUGAUCAUCUUUACCAAGAACAGCACGAAACGAUUGGAUGCGAUGGAAAUCAAAGUGUCUGUGGAUAAUCUGCCACGUUUGGUUUGUGGAGUAACAGAGGAGACAACAUGCCAGGAGGUGGUCACAGUAUUAGCUCAAGCUUUAGGCCAGCCUGGACGCUACAUGUUACGUGAGACGUUUAAAGACUUUGAGAGAUGCAUGGCUCCAAAUGAGCACCCUCUGGAGAUACUAAGGAAGUAUGGAGAACACGCCAAGGAAGUCCAGCUUGCAUUGCUCCAUAGUAGGCCUUCAGUUUCUGACGAAAUGAGCCGGGCAAAAGUGGGUCGACGCCAGCCUUGCCCGCCAUUAAGGAGGAAAGAAGCCAGUGCUAGAGUUUGGCGUCGUAGUGAGUCUCUGAAUCAGCAUCGACAUAGUCUUCCACUGUCCUGCUUGAAGCGGGACACAGAACAGAAGCAGGAGCACCUGAAAAGACCCAAAAGAAAGUCCUUGACCUUCAUGGAGGAAGCCUGGGAAUGGCUGGAAAACCUGGGAAAAACACAAGUUUACAGUACAUCAUGUGAUACGGAUAGCAGCAAGAGGAAUGAAAAAAAUAAGCGAAGUUUUUUGAGUAUCACACUUUCUGCUGUAGGUAAAAAUCCACGUGAUCAGAAAAGGCGUCAGAGAAACUCCAAGUCUGACUUGGAUCAUCAAACAUCUUGCUGCAUGGGAACCCACCAGAAGGUUAAGGAAAGCCCCAAGAAAAGCCACAGGGAAAAACUUGACAUCUCCAAUAACUGUGAAGAUGAGAAGUAUCACCUAAGAGAAAUGAUUAUAUACCAACUAAGCUACCUUCAAAAGCUCCAAGUCCUGAUUGAGAAGGUAGACUAUGAAAUUUCAGAACUAGAGGAAAGGGAGCGGGUCAGAGAAGAGCAAAAGUUGAUUCAAGAUGAGAUGGAGCAAAUCAGGUUCUGGGAGUAUGAACUAAAGGCAGAAGACAUUUUUGAGAGAGAUUUGCAGAAUCACUUCCAUGACAUGAAAGCUAAGGUUGUGAACUGCAAAACCAAACUGGGGGACUACAAGACCAAAAUGCAAAAACUUGGCUUCUGUGGAGAUCAAAACAUUUGCCCAAAUGAGGGGCAAGACGCUGCAGAUGACAAACCGACAAAUGAGACAAUAAGUGGGCAGCUAUUUGAGACAGAAGUUGAUGUAAAUAGUGACAGGAAGUGGCCGCCCAGAAGAGAUUGCAACCCUCCUCCCGCUGAUUUAAUUCCUCCUAGUCCGAUAAAAGCACGCCGGCCCACCGGGCCAGCUGAGCUGAGGGAGUGGUGGGCACGCUGGUCUGCAGUCCAAAAGUCCAAGACAAACACGAUGAACACCAAGAUCCACCGCUCAGAGCUCACAGUCUUUUUGGGCGGUACCAAAAAUUAGGGGGUAAAAGUUAGUUAAUAUGCACUCCAUUACACUUAUUUUUUUCUUAUGUUAUCUGUUCACUAAAUGUGGAAAAAAUAUGAAAAUCGGAGACCAAUGUAUUAAAAUUUUUCAAUGUUGUAGCACCGAUAGUGCUUGCUUAUGAAGUAUUCCAAUGUUGUUAGUGUCAUAUAGUGGAUGGACAACUCACAUGAACAUUGGCAUCAUAAUUAAUUAGGAAAUUUGGGGUAUAAAACACAUUAUGAGCAAUGGUAGAUGAUCGGAAAUACUCUGAUUUGUUUGGAUUAAUAAAAAUAUCUGCUUACAGUAAAUUUUAGUUACUUCCUGGAAAUAUCUGCUUAUAUUAAUGUUUUCUUUACUACUACACAUCACAACGAUGAAAUUAUUAUUUUGAACUGUUAAACAAGAUCUUUAUGCUGGGAUGCGCUUGAUCUAAAUCUUCCCUGUGACUGUAGCAAUUUAAAUCACUGACAGUACAAUGGUAUGGAAAAAGUAUCUGAGCCUUUUGGAAUUUCUCACAUUUCUGCAUUCAAGACACCAUUAAAUGCGAUGGGAUCUUUAUCAAAAUCUCACAGAUGAAAAAACUGCUUUAACUAAAACCACCAUGUAUAGGUUUUCAUAUUUUAAUAAGGAUAGUAGGCAAAAUAUGAGAGGGGGAGUAAAAAUAAGUAAGUUAAAUGUCACAGUUAAUAUUUUGUGCCCCACCCCCCCUUUGGCAGCAGUAACUUCAACCAGAUGCUUCCUGUAGCUGCAGAUCAGUCUGGCAUAUCGAUCAGGAAUAAUCUUGGCCCAUUCUUCUCUCCAAAACUGCUGUACUUCAGUCAGAUUCCUGGGAUGUCUGGCAUUAAUCGCUGUCUUUAGGUCAUGCCACAAUAUCUCAAUGGGGUUUAAGUCUGGGCUUUACUUGACCACUCCAGAACGUGUAUUUUGUUCUUCUGAAACCAUUCUGAAGGUGAUUUACUUCUGUGUUAUAGAUCAUUGUCUUGUUGCAGCAUCCAUCCUCUUUUUAGCUUCAACUGUCUGGCAGACGGCCUCAGGUUUUUCUGCAAAACAUCCUGAUAAACUUUUGAAUUCAUUCUUCCAAUAAUGUUUGCUGCCUCUAGGGUGGGAGGCAGCAAAUAGCCCCAAAUCACUAUGCUCCCUACACCAUGCUUCACGGUGGGGAUGAGGUGUUGAUGUUGGUGAGCUGUUCCAUUUUCCCUCCACACAUGAUAUUGCGUGUUACUCCCAAACAAUUCAACUUUGAUUUCAUCAAUCCACAAAAGAUUUUGCCAAAACUCCAAUGAAGUGUCCAAGUGCUUUUUUGCAUACAUUAAACGAGCAGCAAUGUUGAUUUUAGACAGUAGUGGCUUCCUCCGUGGAGUCUUCCCAUGAACACCAUUCUUGGCCAUAGUUUUACAUCUACUUGAUGUGUGCACAGAGAUAUUGGACUGUGCUAGUGAUUUCUGUAAGUCUUUAGCAGACACUCUGGGGUUCUUUUUUAUCUCUGUGAGUAUUCUACGCUAAACUCUUGGCGUCAUCUUUGGUGGAGGGCCACUCCUUGAGAGAGAAGCAACAGUGCCGAACUCUCACCAUUUUUAGACAACUUUUCUGACUGUUGAUUGAUGAACAGACUUUUCGGGAUGGUUUUGUAUCCUUUCCCAAUUUUAUACAAAUCAGCAAUCCUUGAUCGCAGGUCUUCAGGACAGCUCUUUUGACCGAGCCAUGAUGCACAUCAGACAAUCCUUCUCUUUGAGACAAUUCUUACCAGGUAUGUGUUUUAUAGUGGGCAGGGUGGCUUUAAACCCACUCAUUAGUGAUUGGGCACACACCUGACUUGAAUUGGUCGGUAAAAAUUAGUUUCAAUUGCCCCUUAGGCAGAGAGUUCACCGAUUUUUCCCCCUUCUGUCAUUGUUUGCAUGCUAUCCUCAUUAAAAUAUGAUGUACUGUAAAUGUUUGGGUGGUUUUAGUUAAAGCAAACACCGUUUUUACAUCUGUGCAAUUUUGACAAAGAUCAGAUCACAUUUGAUGGUGAUUUUAUGCAGAAAUGUGAGAAAUUCCAAAAGAUUCAGAUACUUUUUUCAUACCACUGUAGCUGGUGUGCUAUGUUCAUUGCACACAUCCAUUUUGGAGACAGACUACAAGACAGACCAUUUUCAUCCCAUUGUACAUUUAAUUACAAAUAUUUAUGUAUUGUUACAUAAUGUACACUGUAAUUGUACUGACUGUUGACAGUUUAAGAUUUUUUGCAUAUGAAUAAAAGCCCAAUUGCAUUAUG